CCAGUUUUUAUUCUUCAGCAAUUCCUCGGAGCUUUGCCAGUGUCAGCCAUUACUUUGUUAGCUUCAGAUAUUCAGUGUUGUAACAUUAACCUCUGACUGAAGUAUUUUACUAGCGUGCAGUUCUUUGAAUCCUGACUGACUUUGUUGUACAUGACAAAGUGUGAUGUCACAGUCGUCACAGAGUCGGGUACAAUUAUACAGAGUGUCAGAGAGAGAGAGGAGGAGAUACAAAUAAUAAUGACAGGUACUGCUAGGUGAAAGAGAGACAGAGGUGCAGACAAGCAGAGAAGCUAGAGGAAUGAUAAAAGGAUGUUACUACAUCUGUCGGCAGGAAGACUGAGUGAUUACAACAUGAUGACAUGUUAUGUUACACGUGACAGUGAGUCAUGGAUCGCAUGUUAACCUGUUGACAGCUAAGGUCCUGUCACGUAGUUAAUGAGACUUGUACAGCAAAUGGAAAUAAGCGAAGCAGGGGGUGACGUGAUCAGUCCCAUGCACUCGGAGCACCAACAAUCUGAAGGAGUUGGACGAUACAGGAAAGAUAAACCAGGUUGACGGUGACAUCAGGAGUUAGAUAAACAGUUCCAAUAAACAGUGCUUUAGUCUUGUCAGGAUUCAGUUUGUUCUCGGUAAUCCCGUUAUGGAUGUCAGAAUAGCAGUGAGUGAUGAAGGAUAAAAUUGUCAUUUGCUGUCGGUGGAGAGCUGGCAGGUCGUAGACAAAAGCGAGAUAGUGGAGGCUUGAUGACUAAUUACAGGGGCUGAGUGUUAAGAGUGUAGAGAACAGUCACCUGGGGAGGACUGACAAAGGUUGGGAAGAUGGAGAACUAACGACAUGUACUUAUAUUGUGCCACAGGACACAAGAGUUGUCACUGUCAAAGUGUUAAAGCCUCUGUGUGUUUAUCAUAGCUGUGAGAGGGAAGCUUACUUACUUCAUACAGUAAACAUCACAAGUUCUCAGCAGGACAACUUUUCCAAGAAUAGCACACAGGGAAGUUCAUUGUUCAUUGUAGGCGUGUGAACAGCUCUGAGAGGUUCUGCUAUCUGUGUAAGGAAGUCCGGAGAUCAGUCAAAGCCUGGUACUGAGCCCGACACUGACAUCACAGACUGUGACUGUCACAUCCCUGGCUGACACUGUCACGUGUAAACCUUGUGACAACAACACUGAUGGCUUGGUGUCUACUCCUUGUGCUUCUACUUCUCCUUUCUACAGCAGCUGAAGGCAUCGUGCAAGUGUGCGAGGAAAAGGAAACAACAGGUUCAUACUUCGCCUUGUACCGUUUAGACUCCAUCAGCGGUUUUCCCUGUGAAUGUGUCAUCACCUCAACACAGACACUGUCAUUCGUUUUCAAAAGGGGGGCCGGAGGGGACAACAGUACCACGUCAGGAAAUGUUACUUUACGGUCAAUGAACGGCAAACACAAUGAAGUCCUCCUUGUGGACCGAGAGGAGGUGAACGGCAGUCAUUUCGUGCUGACAUUUCCAAAAGCUCCGUUUAAAGGGGAAACAACUAUACACGUAUUACAAGCCAAUAAGACAUUCACCGUGAAAUGCUCGCCCAAAGUAGACGGUGGCAGUAAUAGUACUAAUACAGUAACACAGAAGGUUCCGAAAAAAGACGACACGACGAGUGAUACAUUCGUACACACGUUACCGUACACCGUCACCAUGGAAGCUUCGACCACCCGUGUCCCUGACAGUAUAAACGAGGUCGUAGUAGCUGUAUCGUGUGCUGCCGCUGUAGCUUCAGUUCUUUUUGGAAUCGCUGUCGUCUGGUGCGUCAGGACAAGAAAACAAAGACUGCAGGUCACAGACAAACGGCAGGACAACCUCUACGACAUUGCUGAUCAUCUGAUUGAACCACGUGCCGCCUGUCCUCCGAUGAUGUCACUGAUGACCGACAGCAGUUGUGAUUCCGGCACACACAGUGCAAAUACUGCAUUCCAUACAAACACCACACUGAGGACAAACACCACACUGAGGACAGACACCACACUGAGGACAGACACCACAGACAUGCUGUCACCUGCCACUGCUCCUCUGACUGUGUCAGAGACUGACUAUGACACUGCUGGUGACACAGUCCGGCCGCCGGAGUGUCUACAACACACGGAGCAUGAUACUUAUACAACACUGAAGAGAGACUGCCCUCAAGGGGAGGCUGGCACGACAGGUGCAGCUGUGUAUGACCAGUGCCAGCCACCUGGAGACACACACUGGGGGUCAGGAGACAAUGGCCGGCCACUGGAUGACACUUAUAGCAGACUGCAGCGAGGGCAGGAGCGACAGCCUGUCAUUGGCAACAUUUAUGACACUACGUCAGUGGCAGUGGCAGUGCUGAGUGGACUUUGACUUUUUAGUGGCCCACGUGUUGUUUGUUUGGUUUCCUGUCCCUCCUAUGCUGUCCAUGUCUUGUUCUUGUUCUUUGGUGCUAAGAGCUUGCUCCUUAGGAGUGUGAGUAAGCGCUUUACAAAUGUUGUUAUUAUUAUUAUAUGAUUGCAAUGCACAUCAGUGGACAAGCAAGUAUAUGGUCAGAUUAUAUAUAUUAUACAUCAAGUAAUGCUCUUACUACAUGGUCUGCGUCUCAGGCCUGACAAUGAGUUAGGACUAGGUAAGUAUAUUAAUCUUGCUAUAGAACAGAAUUUUACAAUUAGUUGAUGGAGUUUCUCAAAUUCAUUACACUGUUUAUAUAACUUGGUAGACAAUCUGUAAU